UGGAAUGUGUUUGUCUUUUCAGAUAAUGUUUAAUUGAAAUAAAUGUCACUUCCAGAUGGAAAAUAAGGAAAACAGUACUUUUACUUGUUGCACGUUUUCCGAAUUUGGUUUAUUUCAUUUCAUACUUUCGAUUUUUGUUAUCUGUGCAUGUGGGCUUCAAAUUUUUACACAAGAAUGGUACUACUCGGAUAUCAUUGCUUUUUAAGACUGAAAGAAAAAUAAUAUUAUUACGUGGUUUUUACACACUACACACGUCCCUAAAUUUACAACGAAGGUAUGGUUUUGUAAUUACUAUUAAUUUGUGGAAAAAAAUAAAUUUUUAUUUCUUACAUUUCAAUACCUGUUCUUCUACGCUGCCGCCGCCACUCAUUAUAUACCAGUGAUAAAUAGAAAUAUAUGUUUUACAUAUACUAGAGACGUUCCUGAAUUCACCCUGCAAGGAAGGUUUCGUAAUUCCUACUGGUUUGUAAAAAAAUACCAGUUCACAUCUACAUUACAAUACCUAUGUAUUCACGCAAUCACGUACAUUCAUUGUUUAUGUUUACUGAAGGUGGUGUAAUGAUGAAAUUUGUUUAGAUAAUGACUAUUGCAGUUGUAAGGAAUUUUUAAUGCUUGUAUUUCAUGUUUGUUGUUUUAUUAAAAUAUGUAUGUAAUUGUAUUACAGAAUGUUUGUUAUGUUACAGUGCAUUUAAAGGACGUACUAUUUUGAGUGAUGUAAUGAACGAGUCUAAUGGGAGCCUAACAUUUGAAUUGAAAUGUUAACAUCAUUAAUUUCUUGUGAGGAAUACGUGCUGUGCACUGAAGUAGCUGACACAUUGAUUUUUUACAGUAUUUCUAGGGAAUUUUUUGUUUACAGCCGUUAUAUUUUCUGUGUUCGUUAUGGCUGGUGUUUCAUGUAUCAAAGUUUAUUUCGGGAUCCUGAAGUCUUCAUCCUGAUGGCAUGAUCCUGUUGGCUUGAUCCUGUGGUACAUGAUGUGUGCUGUUUUAGUUCAAUAUGUCAAAAGAUCCUGAUGGCAUAUUCCUGUUGGCUUGAACCUGUGGUACAUGAGGCUUUUUGUUUUAAUUCAGUAGAUAUGUUAUAAGGUCCUAUACAUAGAAAAAAUAUUGUCAUAUAAUGAAUUAUGAUUGCAAGCUGAAUAAAAAGGAAUUUUUUCAACUUACUAUCAUAAUUCUUAAUUGUUUCGCAAUUUCUUUCAUGUGCAAGUUCUUCCAGCAUACUGAAUUAAAACAGCAAGCAUCAUGUACCCAAGAUCAAGCCAACAGGAUAAAGUCUUCAUGAUCAAGGUAUAAACUUCAAUAUAUAAAAUGGAAGAAUUAGCGUAUUUUUUAUUCUCCAUAGUUGGCUACAGGUGUGAUAAACAAAGAAAUACAAAUCACAGGUAGACAAUGAAUGUCAGCAGCAGUGUGAAAACACAGGUAUUGUAAUGUAAGCUUUAAACUGUUAUUUUUGACGAACCAGUAGGUAUUAAGAAACCGUUUGAAAAACAUAUUUUCCGUUUGUAUUUACUUUUCAUUCCCCGAAGCCAUGACAUCUGAUGCUGGUAUAGUAAUUAAGCUAUAAACUAUUAUUUUUCACAAACUAGUAGGAAUUAAGAAACCAUCCCUUUAGGGUUAUUUUAGGGAUGUGUGUAGUGUGUGAAAACCAUGUUUUCCAAUUUUUUUCUUUCCGUUCUAAAAAGCCCUAUAUCCGAGUAUUACCACAAGAUUGCUUCACCAUUUUGUUAAUUCUGAAGGAAAGCCAUUUUCUGUUAAAAUUUUUUUUAUUAAAAUUUCAAAUUGGGUAAAAGCAAUAAAUAAUGAUCGACGCCGAGAUGGAAGACUUCUACCUGCUGCACAAUGGCAAGAUAGUCUCGAGCACGGAUGUGGUCACCGACGGAGUGGUGCACGUGGUGCCACGCCUGCGGGGGGGCAAGGGAGGCUUUGGCUCGAUGCUUCGGGCGAUCGGGGCGCAGAUUGAGAAGACUACAAACAGAGAAGCGUGCAGAGACCUCAGUGGACGUCGACUAAGAGACAUAAACGAAGAGAAGAGGCUGAAGAACUGGAUCACUCAGCAGGCGGAACGGGAGCGGGAGGCCGCAGAACGGCGCAAGAAGCGGCUGGAGCGCCUGUGUGCGGAGCCGCGGCACGAGUUCCGUGACCAGGGCUACGAGCAGGAGCGCUCCCAGCUGACGGAGAAAGUGAACGACGCAGUGGAGCAAGGUUUCAAAGCCUCAUUGCAAAGCGGGCCUAGCAAACGUAAAGCAGAUGCACCGAGCACAGCCUCGAAGAAGAAGAAGUCGUGUUUGUGGCUGGAUGCUGAAAUUGACCUAAGCUCCACAGAAAGUGAUGAUUCACUUGGGAGUGAAGAAGGAAGUGUAUCAAGUUGUGCUAAACCGCUUUCAUGUCCAUCGAUGGAUGACGUAGGUGCUAUACAAUCAUCUGUUAAAAACAUCAGUAAGAAACAAAGUGAUUGUGAAGAAUUGUCAUCUAGUAACUGUGAGUCAGGAUCAAAUUACGAUGAAGCUAAUCCAAGUGGAAUAGUGAACACUGUUUAGUUCAUAAAUAAUUUCCAUGUAAAUUAAUGUUUAUAUUUCUAUGUACUUAUGUUUUGUUAUAUGUAUGUAACAUUUUGCAAAAAAUAUUGAAAUGAAUGUAUUAAAAAUUUAUGUUUUAA